GCUUAAGCGUUUUGGUGGAUUUUGGCCAGAAUGCAGCAAAAUACGAGUAGAUAAGCUAAGUGAAUACUGUAUAUGAUGAAUGGAUCUUCCCCGUAUAGUCUCCCGUGCCAGGAGAACCGAGAUGGAGGGAAUCCCAAAACAUUGCAGCAAGGAUAGAAAACCUGCGCAAAAAGUGCAUGUGGCAAAUAAAGUUGGAUUUGAAAUGGGACCCAAACUGUCACAGGGUGAGAGGUCAGAGAGGGGUGCAUCGGGAAAGAGAUGUGAAGAGAGUCAGGGAGCCAUCUCUAACAUAACACCAGAGCAUGCAGUCUGAGGUGAUUCUGACAGGCAACCCCUCACACAGCUCCUACACCAGGAUGUGGGCCCAGGCCCAGGGGGCCUUGGAAGACCUCUUGGUGGAUGAGUUCCCUCCCAUAGCCCAGCAGCCAAUGAAGGACCGCCUAAAAGUCUUCCAGGGCCUUGCCACCUUCUACCUGAAGUACCUGCAGAUCUUUCGUAGCCUGGAGGCCGUCUACGACCAGAUAGGUCACCCUCAGAAGAGGCGUGUGGUCAGGCAUGUGUUGGACGGCGUGAUGGGUAGACUCCUGGAGCUCAAGAAUGAGAUGGUGGAGCUGGAAUUCUCCGAGUUCCACUACUUUGAUGAUGUGCUGCAGGACCUCAAGCUAACACCAGAGGACCUAGAGGUGCCCAUCCCUAAGUAUUUUGUGAGGGAGAAGAUUCGAGUGCUGCGGGACAGAGAGAAGAUGCUCGCUCACAUUAUGGCUAAAGGAGGCCAUAUUGAGCAUUUUGAGCAGGUGGUGUCGGUUCAAACAAUGAGCUUGGAAGAAGCUGUUCGGGUCCUUCAGGUUUGUGAACGGGCGCGACAAGGACGGCUCAGGCAUCACUUUAUGAAGGAGAUACGCCAGGCUGAGAAAGAGGAGAUGGCGGCCAAGAGCCCAACAUCCACCAGCACGCUGGACCCUGACCAGGCUGCCACAUGCAUUCAGAAGGUCUGGUUGGGCUACCGCCAAAGGAAGAGGACCAAGCGGGAGCGCUUAGAGGAGUUCAUCUUUCUGGGAAUGGUCCCUCCGGAGCAGCCGAUGCCCAGCGCCGCCCAGCUGAAGGCCCAGCAGGUGGAGGCGACUCGCAGGCUGGUCCAGGAGGAGAAUGAAGCGGAGUACCAAGGGGUCCUGGUCAGCGUUAAGGAGUCUGUACGCUUCGUGGACGGUCCUGACAUACGAGAAACCCUGCAGGAGCAGAUCAGACAGUGGUUUAUCGAGUGCAGAGACGCCACUGGUAAGUUUCCUGACCUCCCCAGCACAGAGGAAGGAGGAUCGGCAGCCAUAUUUGCACAGAAGACACCUGAACAGGUUGCUGCAGAAUUAGCAGCAAAAGAGGAAGAGAAAGAGAAAAGGAACCGAUGGAAAGAUAAGAAUGGAGGGAAGGAGCAAAAGGAGAAAAAGAAAGACAAGAAGGUGAAGAACAAAAGGAAAAAGGGGGAGGAAGUAGUUGAGGAGCAGAAGGGCUGGAAAAUGCCCCCAAGCCAUUUCCUCCCAACCGUCCUGGACGGAAACAAAAUGUACAAAGAUGUGUGGCAGGGCCGUGAUGAGAGACAGAACUUCCUGCAGCGGUUUGAUGCCCAGCUGGUGCGUGAGGAGAAGAGGAUGGAGGUGGAGGAGGAGGUCAGAGUUCAGGUGGAUGAGCUGAUGAGACAGGAAGUGAAGAACCUCAAGCUGACUGUGGACCGGGAGAAGGAGAAGAAGAAGAAGCAGAAGGGAAAGAAAGGUAGCAAGAAGAAAAAAAAGAAAGGAAAGAAGAGUGUGAAGAAGAAGAAGAAAGUGAAGGACCUGACUGCUGACAGAACCAUAGAGUCUCUGUACGAGGAGUUGGUGCUGGAGGGUUUGCUGAUCCGCCCCAUGAACAUCAAGCUCUCGGAGUACAUCGGUGAGUUCAGCUACAUGGGUACGACCUUGCGCCAGGCAGACAUUGAGCCCAUGCCCUCUCUGUCAGACGUCAGACAGCUCAUUGCCCUCUAUGGGAUUUUGCCUUUGGGCUCCCAGGCUGUCCAUGAGAAGGCUCCUUUGAUAAAGGCCCUGCUGCUGGCUGGACCUGCAGGCGUGGGGAAGAGGAUGCUUGUCCACACUCUGUGCACUGAGACCGGGGCCAACCUCUUCAACCUGUCCCCGGGGAACCUCACUGGGAAGUACCCUGGAAGGAGCUGCCUUCAGUACCUACUGCACAUGGUUUUUAAGGUGGCUCGCCAGCUGCAACCCUCUGUUAUAUGGAUCGGAGAUGCAGAGAAAACCUUUUAUAAGAAAGUCCCAAAGCCAGAAAAAGAGAUGGAGCCUAAGCGUCUGAAGAAGGACCUGGUAAAGGUACUGAAGACUUUGAAGUGUGAGGAUCGUGUGCUGGUGGUGGGGACAACCCGGAGGCCCUUUGAGGCAGACCUCAAGCCUUUUUGUAAAGUCUAUAAGAAGAUCAUUCUGAUCCCAAGGCCUGACUAUGCCUCCAGACUGGUGCUGUGGAGGGAGUUUCUGCUGGGGGGCGGGGCUCACCUUACACCCAGCCUGGACCUCAGCUCCUUGGCCAAGGUGACGGACGGAUACACCCAGGGUCACAUCCUGCAGGCCGUAAGACUGGUGCUGACUCAGCGCAGGCUGGCCCAGCAGACUACCAGACCACUGACCGCUGCCGAGUUCAUCCCCCCAUUGGCCAGACAGGACCCUGUCUACAAAGAAGAGGAGGAGGCCUUUAAGACAUGGUACACGAGGACUCCUCUCGGUAAGAAAAAGGUACGGGCUGUCAAAGCCAUCGAGGACGAAGGAGCCCUGGACAAGGGCAAAAACAAACAAGACAAUGGGAAGAAAACAGUGAAAGAAGAAAAAAGCAAGAAAAAAAACAAGUAAAUGCCAAAGACAAAAGGGAUAUCAACUUAGUAUAGGUUUACAGAUUACAUCAAAGGACUUUCAGCUAAAUUCGAUCAACAACCAGACAACUGUGGAUUUUCUGAAUAAGAAAGCUAUACAUACUGUAUUUUAUUUUGGUUUGAGUUUUUGAGUAAUUUGAAUCAUGUUAUGCUUAUUCUUUCUAAAAACAGUAAUUUCAAAAUGUUUUGGUAAGUUAGCUGUAUAACUUCUUGUUUCUGCUUCAUCAUAUACCCCUGGAUUGAAUUGUUCAUUACUUAAAAUUGAA